AUGUACAAAAUAUGGAACAUAUACGUGCUUGCCGCCUUCGGCACCAUAGGAGGCAUGCUCUUCGGCUUCGACAUCAGCUCCAUGAGCGCAUGGAUCGGCUCAGACCAAUACCUCGAAUACUUUGGCCAUCCCGGAUCGACUGAACAGGGAGGCAUCACCGCUUCCAUGUCAGCGGGUUCUUUCGUGGGCGCCUUGCUUGCCGGACUUUUUGCCGACUGGCUCGGACGUCGAGGAGCCUUGAAAGUCGCGUCUGUCGUUUGGAUCGUUGGCGCGGCUUUGCAGUGUUCCGCGCAGAAUGUCGGCCAUUUGAUCGUGGGUAGAGUAGUGAGCGGCUUUGCUAUUGGUAUUACCAGCUCGCAGGUCCUGGUGUACUUGGCCGAGCUGGCGCCGUCUCGUAUCAGAGGCAGAAUCGUCGGAAUCCAGCAGUGGGCUAUUGAAUGGGGCAUUCUCAUCAUGUAUCUCAUUUCUUACGGCUGCUCCAUCAGCAUCAAGACUUCAUCCGCCUUCCGCAUAGCAUGGGGCGUCCAGGCGGUGCCUGGUCUGAUCCUCUUCAUUGCUCUGUUCUUCUUCCCCGAAUCACCAAGAUGGUUAGCUUCCAAGGACAAAUGGGAAGAGGCGCAUGAGAUCUUGGCGAAUCUACAUGCCUCAGGAGAUAUGAGUAACCCAACGGUUAUCGCCGAGUUGGAAGAAGUGCGAGAGGCGGUUCGAAUUGCGGCCGAAUCCAGCCACAUUGGCUAUCUUGGCUUAUUUGCGCCUGGCAUUUGGAAGCGCACUCUUGUGGGUGUUAGUGUUCAGAUUUGGCAGCAGCUCCUGGGAGGGAACAUUAUGCUGUACUACUUGGUUUACAUUUUUGAAAUGAGUGGUCUGCAUGGCAAUGUGGCCCUUACAUCAUCUAUUAUUCAAUAUGCUAUUUUCCUAGCCACCACGGGCGCAAUCUUGCCAGUCAUUGAUCGCUUAGGUCGCCGGCCGUUGCUUAUCAGCGGCGCCAUUAUUUGCGGAAUCCUUCACUUCACGACCGGUGGUGUCAUGGCUGUCUACGGACAUCAUGUUGAUAGUGUGAACGGAAACGACAUAUUAAAAUGGUCUAUUUCCGGAUCGCCAGCCAAGUCGGUCAUCGCCUUGGCAUACAUCUUUGUUGGCGUCUAUGGCUUGACCUGGGCACCAGUUGCCUGGAUCUACUGCUCCGAGGUAUUUCCUCUCAAAUACCGAGCCAAAGGCGUCGGGCUGUCCGCCGCCGGGAAUUGGAUAUUCAACCUUGCGUUGGCUUUCUUUGUUCCUCCUGCAUUCACCAACAUUCAGUGGAAGUCUUACAUGAUUUUUGGUACCUUUUGCAUCGUCAUGACAGUGCACGCAUUCUUCAUGUACCCCGAAACAGCACAGAAGUCACUUGAAGAAAUUGAUGUUUUGUUUGAUCAGAACAUACCAGCAUGGCGAAGUACUAAUGCUGGGCAGACUUUUGAGGAGAGGGUGGCAGAGGUACGUCGCACGGGAGGCAUUGCCGAGUUGAAGCGUGGAGAGGGCGCCGUCCACCAUGAAGACGCAUGA